AUGAAAUUCCAAGAUUUUAGAAAAGUGAGAAUUUUUAUUUACCAUAAAAUACAUGAGCUCCUUUUUCUGCAUCCACUGUUCUUGCUUUUUCUUUUUCUUUUUUUUUUGCUCUCUAUUUUGAUAUCUCUCUUUCUCAUUCUUUCUCUCUUUCACUCUCUCGCUCUCUCUCUCUUUCUGACGCUCUCUCUUUCUCUCUCUCUCUUUUUUAGCUUAAUUUUCUUUAUCAUACAGGUGUUCUUUCUAUUUAGUUAUCUCUUAAUCGAUUCUUCUUGCUUUUUUUCUUUCGUUCUUUCUGUCGUUCAUUCUUUCUUUAGUUCUUUCGUUCCUUAUUUCGUUCUUUAUUUCCUUCUUUCUUUCGUUCAUUCUUUCCUUCUUUCUUUCCUUCUUUCUUUCCUUCUUUCUUUCUUUCGUUCUUUCUGCCGUACUUCCUUUCGUUCUUUCUUUCGUUCUUUCUUUCUUUCUUUCUUUCUUUCUUUCUUUCGUUCUUUCAUUCUUUCGUUCUUUCUUUCUUUCGUUCUUUCUUGCGUUCAUUCUUUCGUUCUUUCUUUCUUUCGAUUUCUUUCGCUCGUUCUUUCUUUCGUUCUUUCUUUCUGUCGUUCUUACUUUCUUUCUUUCGUUAUUCUUUCUUUCAUUCAUUCUUUCGUUCUUUUUUCUUUCAUUCUUUCUUUCGUUCUUUCUUUCUUUCUUUCGUUCUUUCUUUCGUUCUUUCGUUCUUUCUUUCGUUCUUUCUAUCUUUCUUUCAUUCUUUCUUUCUUUCGUUCUUUCGUUCUUUCUUUCUUUCUUUCUGUCGUUCUUUCGUUCUUUCUUUCGUUCUUUCGUUCUUUCUUUCGUUCUUUCUAUCUUUCUUUCAUUCUUUCUUUCUUUCGUUCUUUCGUUCUUUCUUUCUUUCUUUCUGUCGUUCUUUCGUUCUUUCUUUCGUUCAUUGUUUCGUUCUUUCUUUCUUUCUUUCUUUCUUUCGUUCUUUCUUUCUUUCGAUUUCUUUCGUUCGUUCGUUCUUUCUUUCGUUCUUUCUCUCUGUGGUUCUUACUUUCGUUCUUUCUUGCUUUCAUUUUUUCUUUCCUUCCUUCUUUCUUUCUUUCCUUCUUUCUUUCUUUCCUUCUUUCUUUCGUUCUUUUGCUCGUUCAUUCUUUCGUUCUUUCUUUCUUUCCUUCUUUCUUUCGUUCUUUCUUUCUUUCUUUCUGUCGUUCUUUCGUUCUUUCUUUCGUUCUUUCUUUCGUUCAUUGUUUCGUUCUUUCUUUCUUUCUUUCUUUCGUUCUUUCUUUCUUUCGAUUUCUUUCGUUCGUUCGUUCUUUCUUUCGUUCUUUCUCUCUGUGGUUCUUACUUUCGUUCUUUCUUGCUUUCAUUUUUUCUUUCUUUCUUUCGUUCUUUCUUUCCUUCUUUCUUUCUUUCCUUCUUUCUUUCGUUCUUUCGCUCGUUCAUUCUUUCGUUCUUUCUUUCUUUCCUUCUUUCUUUCGUUCUUUCUUUCGUUCUUUCUUUCGUUCUUUCUUUCGUUCUGUCGUUCUUUCUUCGUUCUUUCUUUCUGUCGUUCUUUCUUUCGCUCGUUCAUUCUUUCAAGAUCUUCGUCUCCCACUCAAACUCUUUACUUUUCUUAGAUACUUUUCUCUCUCUUAA